AUGUCAUUACCAUCCUCGUUGUCGUUAUCAGGAGCAGCAGCAGCAGCAGAUACAAAAGAAAUCGUAGUGGUAUUACCAAGUGACUCCGAACCACUUAAGCGUGAUUCUAUGGAAGAAGGAGAAGAAAAGUUCUUACGAGAAUUCGAAAAUCGAGUACUUGAUCUUAUACGAGAGUUCACUCAACAAUUUCCCUACAAACAAUCAAUUAUUUGGUCGAUUGAAUAUGGUGAAAAUAAAGAAUAUUGUAUUCAUGUCAUGAGCCCUAAACAUCGUAAAUGA